UAUACAUAAAAGUUAAAAUUUCUUUGUAAAUUUACAUUACAUGUUUUUUCUUUUUGUGAAAAAAACUUACACAAUUUUUUCACAAAAAAAUUUUUACAACUUAGAAUUAACAGUAGAAUUACCUGGUUUUGAAAAGCAUGAUCAACUGAACUACGAGGAAUUUUAUUAUGAUUUUAAAAAUGCAAAUUACAUCGGACUAAAUGAUUACUUUGCAAGUUUAAAUUGGGACUUACUUUUAUCAGAUGAUGUGAAUUAUAGCUUAGCAGUAUUUUAUGAUUUUAUGUUUACAGGUUUUGACUUCUUUGUUCCGAUCAAAAAUUUUAAAACAAGUUCGUUUCCGAUUUGGUUUCAUGGUAAAUUAAGGAAGUUGAUAUAUUUAAAAAAGAAAUUACAUAAGCAGUAUAAAUUGUUUGGUAGAAGGGAUGAUUAUUUAAGAUUUUCUCAGUUAAGAAAUGAAAUUAAACAAGUCUCCUCUCAAUGUUAUAGUAACUAUUUGAAUAAUAUUGAGAAUGGGAUUCUAUCUAAUCCUCGACAUUUUUGGAAAUAUAUCAAUAAUAACCGUAAAAGUUAUAAUCUGCCAUCUAAUAUGUUCUACGGUGAUAGUAUAAGUGAUAAUGCUCAAGACAUAGUCAGUCUAUUUGGUAAGUUUUUCUCAACUACAUAUUCUAAUUCUAAAAUUAAUCAGAUCCCAAUUUUUAACUAUCAGCAGAGUGUAAAUGUGAAUAAUUAUCGUAUUGAGGUCUCUGACAUAAUUGAUAGUGUUUUAAAGAUGCCUUGGAAAUUAUCGCUUGGACCAGAUUGUUUGCCAGCUUAUGUUCUCAAGCAUUGCAUUUUCACUCUUGUAAAACCUAUCUGCUACUUAUUUAAUUCCUCAUUGAGUACCGGCAUCUUUCCUGAUCUUUGGAAGACUAGUUAUUUAACACCAAUUUUCAAGUCUGGUAAUAAAAAUGAUGUUGAGAAUUAUCGAGCGGUUUGUAGCCAAUCUGUAUUAUCCAAACUUUUUGAGUGUCUUGUAAAUAACUUUUUGACAUGGAAUUGUAAAGAUUUAAUUGAUGUUAGAUAACAUGGCUUUUCUAAGGGUAAGUCUACAUGCACGAACUUAAUAUUGUAUACGAAUUUUAUAGCUAAUUCAGUGGAACAGAAGGGUCAGGUUGACGCUAUCUACACAGACUUCUCAAAAGCCUUUGAUACAGUUAUCCAUGAUCUGCUUAUUGCUAAAUUAAAUGGCUAUGGAUUUGGAGGUAAAAUAAUUGAGUGGAUAGGUAGUUAUAUAUCGGGUAGAUGUCAGUAUGUUAGAUAUGGAAAUUUUUUAUCUCAACGAGUAUCUGUAACCUCAGGAGUUCCUCAGGGGUCGCAUAUUGGGCCCCUCUUAUUUAAUAUAUUUGUUAAUGAUAUAUCCUCAGUGA